AAAUCUAAGAAGAAGAGCGCAUUUAUCUGAAGAUGCCCGGAUUAUAUGAGAAGCUGACUCUCGUGGCAGCGGUGGCAGCUCUGGCCGUCUUGGUGAGGUCGUCCCCGGUGGUGGGGCCGGAGCCCAUCCGCUGCGCCGCCUGUACGGAGGAGACGCUCAACGCCUGUCCCGCCGUCCCGGCGGACUGCGCGCAGGAGCUGCGGGAGCCCGGAUGCGGCUGCUGCAUGGCCUGCGCUCUGGAGAGAGGAGCGUCCUGUGGGGUUCACACGGCCCACUGCGGAGAGGGCCUCCGAUGCACUCCCAGGCCCGGCGAGGCCAGGCCGCUCCACGCCCUGACCAGAGGACAGGGGGUCUGCACCGAGCACCUGGGCCAAGAGGAUGCUGUCCCUGACCACGGAUCUCUGCACUACCUGUUGGGCCUCAACCUUCCUUUGGACCCCCAAGAGGAGGGCCAAGAGAGUAUCAGGACCAAGGUCAACGCCAUCGCCAACACGCUGUCACAAGAGGGCCCCUGUCACAUUGAGCUGCACGCAGCAGUGGACACGAUAUCCAGCUCGCAGCAGAAACUUGGAGAGAAGUUCACAACGUUCUACCUCCCCAACUGCGAUAAACGCGGCUACUACCAGGCCAAGCAGUGUGAGUCAUCUCUGGUCGGACCGCCCGCUCGCUGCUGGUGUGUCUCUCCCUGGAACGGGAAGAAGCUCCCGGGCUCGAGCGACCUGCUGGGUGACUCAGAGUGUCAUCAAGAAGUCACGCGCUAGAGGAUGGACUCACUUUCAUAACAAACACACUUACGGGCACAUCUAGUAACAAUCAGACAUGUUUCACAAAGGGAAAGUGUAAAUCGACCUUUCUGAUGAACUGACUUCUCUUAAAAAAACGCACAAAAUAUAAAUUCCUAUUUCGGAAGAGGGAAAUUUCCUCUCAUAUUAUUUACAUGAUGUAUGUAUCAAGUCUUAUUUAUUCUCACUAGCAUUAACCAUUUGUCAUUUUUAGAUUUUUUAUAUGUUUGCCCGUUUUUUCUCUCUCUCCUCUCUCUUCCCGAUUGUAAAUAGGGCAACACUGUAUACAUUUGUGUUUCUCACUAAAUAACUCCAUUUCUCAAAACCACAAGUCCGCAGCUCUGCCAAGCCCAUUUCAGAGGCUUCAGGAUCUUUUUUCUUUUUUUUUUUUUGAUUCAUUCAAAACUGGAGCUGUGCACGGCACGAAACGACACAGCCGCUCAUUCAUCCAACGUGUUGACAUUGUCUGAAUGUAUCUCCAUUGGCGUUUCCUCAAUGGGUAUUGGGGGAAAUACUUAAAGUGCCGCAAGUAUGUGCACGGUGGCCAAGCACAAACAUAUCAGGGCUCAUCCCGGCCAGCGUGAGGUUUGGGAUGGGCUGGUCUGCAUUUGUCUACCUCUACCAGUCUCUGCAGGUCCUCAGGUUUAGCUGAGGAUUUCUGAGGGCUCUUCUCAGCUAUGCCUUUUUAUUAUUUCGGCCUAUUCUUGCAUCUAUUCUAAGUAUUUAUUAUGAUCCACUUGUGUGAAUUCUGUUUUUUUUUUGUGUCUGUUGUUGAGAGCUCAUGUGUGGUGGACCAAAAUUGUUUGUAAAUGCUGCUAUCCAAUUAUUGGUUUUAUUGUAACAAUGUGUUCUUCUAAUUCUGUAGCUGUGCGUCCCAUUAAAAUGUUAUU